UUCAAAAUAAAAUUUAAAAAAUUGUUUUUAAAUGUCAAAAUAAUUUGCGGUUUUAUUUUAAUAAAUUUUAUAAUGAUUUUUUAAUUAAAGUGUUAUCAAAAUAUUUUCAUUUUACAACUGUUAGAAGUGUUAAUUUGAUGUAUUUUUCAAAAUAAAAUAUCGUAUUUCGACAUCCAAGUCAAAUGAAGUGUAAUCCUCUUCAAAAAAAUCUUUCAGAUACCUAUCUACCUUGUGUAUGUGCUUAUUAAAAAGUAGAAAGAAGUCACAUUAAAAAAAUUUUCUAAAAUUUCGUGGCAUUUAAAAUUUAUCAAUAUAAAAUAUAAUUAUCCUCGUAAUUACUAGAAAUCGCAAUAAAUAAUUUAGCCGGUUCUUAAAAUAAAUUAAUCAUUUUUAUAGUGUUUUUCUAUUUAAAAAAAAACAAUUAUUAAAUUUUUUAUUAAAUUAUUAAGGAAACCGAUAAAAUAGUUUAUUUUUUAUGAAAAAAAGUGAAAAAAAAAAAUGUAAAUGUGUUAGUAUCAUAUAACCCAACCUAAUUGCAUUCAAUGAAAACUAAAGAAAAAAAUGUUGAAAAUGAUAAGUAUUAUUAUGGUUCGCAGCACGGAAUUUUAGAACGCGGUUUUUAGCAUUAAAAUCAUAAAUAUUAUUAGAUUUCAAUAAAGGAAAUGUGAAGGGAUUGAUGAAAAUAUAAUAAAAACCUUUAAAAAAUCCUAUUAGUUUAAUCAAGGAUGCUGUGAUUGCAUAUAUGCUUUUCAUUUAUUUUGAUGAAACUUUUUUUUUUUUUUACUUUUUUGGAAUUUAGGCUCUUUUCGUGGCACAUUUUUUAAUGAUCAUAGUGUCAGAUAAAAUAUAUAAUUGUAAAGAGAUGUUAAAUGUAUGAGUGGUUUAAUUUUUAUUGUUUCAUUUUUUUUGCAUACUUUGGAAAAUUCGUAAAGUACUUAACAAAAAAAAAAAAUAUAAGAUUGCACAUUAAUGGCUACCACUUUUCCAUGUUAACUAUUUAAAACAAAAAAAAAGCAAUUGUUUACAAACUUAUUGCAAAAAAAAAAAAAAACAAAAAAAAAAGAUUUGGAAAUAGUUAAAAGUUAAAUGUAAAAUGUUCUUUUUAAAAAUAAAUAAAAAUUAUUCAUAAGCACUAAUUUAAAUUUGCUAGUUUAUGUGCAUACAUAUUUAUUAUAUUAUAUAUGCACAUACAUAUAUAUAUAUAUAAAUAAAUACAUAGUUUGUAAAGAUGUCUGAAAUAAAACGUGUUCAAUUCACCACAAUAUCAGCCCAUACUUCGCAAAAUUCAAUUGCUUUAAUUAGUGGGGGUAGCGGAAUUACAGCUGCAUCAUGUGAAACAGGAUCAACUAAUUCUAUUAAUGCAAACAGUGGAUUUGGGACUGGUAGUGUAACUGCUAGUACAAGUAAAUCUGUAAAUAAUACUGGUUCUAACAGUUCUAAUAGCGGAAAAAACAAAACAUUUAGAUAUGAUUUGGAAUUAUUUGAACCGGAUUCAAAAGUAUUUCCAGAAUUCAAUUUCUCUAAAAUGAUGCAUAUUGAAAAGAAAAAACAAAAGAAAUUGAAACAAAUUCAAACAAAUGGUGUAUCCGAUCCGUUUGAAGAGAACGAUGAUGAUGUUGCAAGAAUUGCAAAGGAAAUGGAAGAAAAAUAUGGUAAGAGCUAUGUGAGCGGUCGUAGAAAAACGAAACAUAAUGAUUUAUGUGACAAAGGCCUUGGAUAUGAUGAAUCAGAUUCAUUUAUAGACAAUACUGAAGCGUAUGAUGAACUAAUACCUGAUGAAGUAGAAACGAUAGCUGGAGGAUUUUAUAUUAAUUCUGGUCAAUUGGAAUUUACUAAAUUAACAAAGUAUGAAAUCGAAACUGAAGAAAUUGUUAAAAGAGUAAGAUCUAAAAAGCGAGUUCUCUCAAGUUCUUCAGAAGAAUCUGAUGAAGAUGGUGAUAGUGUGGCAAGUCAAAAUAUAGAUGUAAAUGACGAAAUUGAUAUUUCUGAAAAGUCCAACAGUAAAAAACGCAAAGAAACUCAAGAGGAGAAAAUCAAAAAUGGUCAUCGUGAUAAAAAACAAAAAUCAAGUGGUGAGGAAUCUUCAUCAUCUAAAUCUAAAAUAAGGGAAUCUAAAAAAAUAAAAGAGGACAUGGUAUUUAAAGAUAACAACGCCAAAAGUGGUGAUGACGGUACUAAUUCUGAUAAUGGAAAAGAAAAACCAACCUUAAAAACCACAACUGUCAAAGAUAUGCUAAAAGCAAAACGAGAUAAUUAUUUAAAAAUGCAAGAUGAUAAAAAAUUUUUGCAAAAUGGAGUUGUAAAAAGUGGAAAUGAUUCUAGUGAAAGUACUGGUGAGGACAGUGGCUCUGAUUCUGGUCCAUCUAAAAAGAAAUAUAAAACUACUGAUGAAGAAGAUGUCGAAAGACUAAGGAGCAGUGAUACCAAAUUGCCUGAUAAUUUAUCAUCUGAAAUUUUAGCAGAUAUAAGUGAACUGAUAGAAUUUGCUAAAUGUGCAAUCAAAACUGGGAAAAAGUUUCGAUUCGAUGAAAAAAGUUCCGAAGUUUUUAUUAGGUGCGACGAUAACGCAUCAUGCUUGGACAAAGAAAUUCGAAAUCAAAUAUUUGCUCACCUAGAGUAUCAAAUGGAAUUACCUAAAUAUUAUUUGAUAAAAAAAGGAAAACAAAUGAGAAUUAAACAGGAAAAAUCAAAAAUUAAAAAGGCUUAUAUUAAAUUGAAAAAUGCGAUUGCCAAAGUAAUGCCGUCCGUUAUAAAUAGUUACGAAGCCACAUAUAAACAAAUUUCGGAGCUCAGAGCAAAAGCUAGUUCUUCUGAGUUAGAAAAGCCAGACCCCUCUCUUAAAUUACCUCGAAAAAAAUUUCCAUGGAAUGAUGCUAUGAGGAAUUUGCUUUUUGAUUUAUAUCAAACACGCUGGACAUCGUACACAGUUCUUCGAACACGUAAGGAAAAGUUUGAAGACUUUGUCAAUUCAUAUCUUCGAGAUAAGGUUGUACCAAUAUGGCCUAAUGGUUGGAUGAAAUUAGAAGAAUUACAAAAAGAAUUAGAAAAACGUAAAAACCAAUCAAAAAAAUUAAAAGAUUCAAAGAAAAUUAACUUAAACGCUGCUAGUUCAUCAAAUGUAUUAGACAAGUUGCAAGAAGUGAAUACUGCUGCUGUUGUUUCGAAAGAGAGUAUGAUAACAACAGGUUCUUCGUCGCCGUCUGUUAAUGUGAAAGUCAAUGAUGAUUCAUCAACCACAACAAAUCAAAUGUCACAAUUGUCUUCAGUAACAAUUUCGUCAUCUAUAACUGCCCAUAGUAAACCUAAUUUUGCAAAUGAAGUGCCUCAAAAACUUCCAGAAAAUUCAAUUUCAAUUAUACCAGUCGUACAACAAGAACCAAUAUUAAGUAAAUCUCAAAAACCAUCUAAUGUUCUUAACAGUAAUAACAAAAUAAGCAUUGAUAAAGUUCCACAUAGUAAUUCGAACAAUGAUAAUAAUAAAGUAGAUAAAUUAGCGAAUUCAACUAGCAAACAAAACAGUAUAACCGUUGAUAUUAUAUCACCUAGUAAACGUACCGAUCACAGUAUAAAUAGUAUAAUAUCAAAUACAUCACCUACUUCAUUAAAUUCUGCAACAGUAUCAAGUGUUUCUACAACAUCUACUAAUCGUUCUAGUUCGGGUUCGACAUCUACUACCCAUAUUAUUAAUGUUGAUGAUUUCAAAAAUACAACCGAUAUUAUUCAAACAUCAAAUAAAUUGUUAGGCAAUAAUAGUAAUAAAACUGGUAACCAACACCAUAAUAGUAAUAACAAUAAUAAUGAUAAUAAAAGUAUGAGCAAUACUGAUUGCGCUAAAAGUAGUAAUAAUAAUAAUAACAAUAACGAAAAGAUGUGUAGUAGCAACAGCAGCAGUAGUAGCAGUGGCAGUGGUAGUUCUAGCAGUAGAAAAAAAGAAUCUAAAAAGAAAAAUCGAGAUCGGGAUGGUAAUUCAAAAUCUAAAACAGGAUCAACUGAACCACCUUCGGGUUCUAUUGUUACUGAAAAUAUUUCUAAUCGCCGCGAAACAAUUGAAAGCAUAGGCAGUAGUUCUGAUUCAGUUGAGUUCAUUGAUGAAAAACUUCCCGUACCAUCAUCCACCUCAGGUGAUAAAAAAAUUGUAACGGUAAAUAAAAAUAAAUAUAUUACAAAUAAAACAGAAUAUAAUAAUAAAAGUAGAAGUGCUUCACCAGUUAAUUACACAUCAAAGAAUAAAAUUAAUAAAGAAAGCAUAUUAUUAAAUGAAAGAGGGGGAGGGGGUGGUUCUUCAGAUGGACCACCACCACCACCAUCAGUUCUACAAUCGUCUCGACUAAUAUCACCAUUAUUAAGUGGGGCGAAAGAAAAUGAUAACUUGACGAUGAGAAAUAUGAAUUCGAAUUCUAAUUUUUCUAAAAAUAAUUUUACAGAAACAACAGAAGCUGUGAGUGUAUGCAGUAAUGAAACAAAAUUCGAAAGUAGGGGUCAAAUUAAAGACGUUUGCAAUAAAACUUUAGAAUUUGAACAAAUUAAAAAAUUGGGGGAAACAACGCAAUCAAACAUCGAAACUCCAAAACUUCAACAAGAUUCUAAAAAGCAAUGACGUCAUUCGUCUAAUAUACAGUUGCCAACAUCAAAUUCAACUUUAUUAGUUUCAUCGCCAAUAAAAACAUCACCAAUUGUUUCACAACAAAAGAAAACAAAAGCGAAAAUCUCUGAAUUUUUAAUGAUGCCGCCACCAAAAUAUUUUGGUAAUGUUCCAUCAUCAAAAUUUCAGCAAUGAUAGUAGCAU